UGGAUGUAAAAUGUGUUAAAUAGAAGUGUCUGAGUUGAGUCAUUUGUUAAACCAAAGUAAGAAAAUCCAAGGAAAAUGGAGGCUCUCCUCUUUGUCUCUUUCCUUGUUUCAGCUGCAGUGUGCUACGUGUUCCUCCUCCGCGGCAAGCAGCAGAACCUGCCUCCCUCUCCGGCGCUGCGGCUGCCUCUGGUGGGGCACAUGCACCUGCUAGGGCCCCUCCUGCACCAGUCGCUCCACCGGCUCUCUCUCCGGCACGGCCCGAUCUUCUCCCUCCGCUUCGGCUCCGUCCCCUGCGUGGUGGCCUCCUCCCCGCACCUGGCGAAACAGCUCCUCCACACGAACGAGCUGGCCUUCAUCCGCCGCAUCGAGACCACCGCCGUGAAGCGCCUGACCUACGACUCCUCCCUGGCCUUCGCCCCCUACGGCGACUACUGGCGCUUCAUCAAGAAACUCUCCAUGAACCAGCUCCUCGGCUCCCGCAGCAUCGCCUCGUUCCAGCACCUCCGCCACAACGAGACGCGCCGCUUCCUCGGCCUCCUGGCCCAACGGGCCCGGGCCCAUGAGUCCGUUAACGUCACCGAGGAGCUCCUUAAGUUGACGAACAAUGUCAUCUCGGUGAUGAUGCUCGGGGAGGCGGAGGAGGCCAGGGACGUUGUGCGCGGCGUCACGCAAAUCUUCGGGGAGUUUAAUGUUUCCGAUUUUAUUUGGGUUUUCAAGAAGCUUGACCUUCAGGGGUUUGGGAAGAGGAUUGAGGAUUUGUUUCAGAAGUUUGAUACGCUUGUGGAGAGGGUUAUUAGUAAGCGCGAGGAAAUGAGGAAGAAAGGGAUGGGAAAUGAUGAAAGCCAGGGCCAGGUUAGAGACUUUCUUGAUAUUUUGCUUGAUUGCGUUCAGGAUGAGAACUCCGAGGUCAAGAUUAACAGGGUGCACAUUAAGGCCUUGAUUAUGGAUUUCUUCACUGCGGGGACAGAUACCCAGGCCAUUUCAACAGAAUGGGCACUAGUGGAACUUAUCAAGAACCCCUUAUUGCUACAAAAAGCUCGAGAAGAGAUCGACAAUGUAGUAGGAAAAGGCAAACUCGUUGAAGAAUCUGAUUGUCCAAAUUUGCCUUACCUCCAAGCCAUCGUCAAGGAAACAUUUCGUCUACACCCACCAGUGCCUAUGGUCACUAGAAGAUGUGUCACAAGUUGUAGCAUCGAAAAUUACGUGAUCCCAGAAAACACACUACUUUUCGUGAAUAUUUGGUCCAUGGGAAGGGACCCAAAUUAUUGGGAGAACCCAUUGGAAUUUCGUCCCGAGAGAUUCUUGAAAGUUGGUGAAGAAGGGCAAAUAGAUGUGAGGGGUCAACACUUUCAACUUUUGCCGUUUGGUUCAGGGAGGAGGAUGUGCCCUGGGGUGAGUUUAGCCAUGCAGGAGGUGCCAGCACUGCUUGCAGCCAUCAUCCAGUGCUUUGAUUUUCAGGUGGUGGAUUCCAAUGGUGAGGUUUUGAAGGGUGAAAAUGUAGUGAAUAUUGAUGUGAGUGAGAGGCCAGGGUUGACGGCUCCUAGGGCGCACGACUUGGUCUGUUUUCCUGUUGAAAGACCCAACCUUAAUUUUCGAAAUUGAUUUGUGGUUACAAUAAUAUGGCUUUGGGUAAAUGUGUGUAUGCAAGUUUAUAUAGUAGUGUUUCUAAAUGCUAGUAUUCUGUAAGGUGAUUGUUGUGGUAACUCUUGAAUUUUGAACUUUGUUUCCGAGUGUAUUAAUGUCCAUUUAACUUGCUCGGUCAAUUAACUUAUGACCUAUGUGAGUUCUUAUUUAUCUAAAUAUAAUGGUAGUAUAAUAUUUA